GUCAACGCGCGUCGACGCUCGAAAACACUCGCACCUUAAGAUACAGAAAAUACAAGUGCUAACUACAAUUAUCCACAACCGUGCUCGACUGAUUGAUUGAUAUAAACCAAAAAGCUUCAUCAACCAUUAUCGAAUUUGAAGGAAGUGCAGGUCUACUGGAAAAGCAACCAACGUUUCUUUUUUGGGGUUCGAUUCGCAAACAAAAAAAGACAAUGAAAACGGAGGACAAAAGCAACAUGGCGAAAGUGAGGAUCGCGGUGAUAGGGAAAUCCAACGUGGGGAAAUCAGCAUUGACUGUUCGAUAUCUGACGAGGAGAUUUAUCGGCGAAUACAGAAGAAACACAGAUCUGUUGUACCGCCAAACGCUGACGGUGAACAAUGCCUCGUUGGAAGUCGAGAUCGUCGAUGUAUGCAGCUGCGAAUUAGCACUCUUCCCCGAAGAAGCCAUCUACUGGGCCGAUGCCUGCGUCAUAGUCUACGACAUCACCUCUAGAACAUCAUUCUCCCAUGCCACCGAGUUAUUGCAGAGGGUUCAGCAGAUCCGAAACCAGAUGCCCGUGAUGAUGCUUGCCAACAAAUCAGAUCUCGAGCACCUCAGACAGGUCGAGGAAGUCGAAGGCAGAACAAUAAGCAUUCAACACGGUAUCCAGUUCAACGAGGUAUCAGUGGCGGAGAACAGCGAUGCGAUCUACUCAUCAUUUGAUCUGAUGUUGAACGAGUGCAGGAAUCAGCAGUCGAAUCACAAGAGCCGGAAAUUCUCCGUCUCCAAAAUGCUUGGAACUCUCAUUGGAACGAACGGAAAGGUUCCACAAAAUCCAACGAACCAAGGCGGAACCGUCGUCGUCUGCCACAAGUCAGAUCUUUACAAGUCGAGAGUUCUGAAAAGGAGGCAGAACUUUACGGCGACGGCAUCCCUAUGACUCGAAGCAGGAACCACUCGUUAAGAUAUGAUGAAGAAGUUAAAAAAGAAGAAACAAAAGUUAUAUUUUUGUUUAUAUUUACCUCAGUUUUAUGAGGAAAAAGCGCGCUUCGGAUGGUGUGCAUCUGGUGAAUGUUUCGAGUUAAUACAAGAUAGUCAAACCACGUUGUCCUUGAAGAAGGCAUAUCAAGAAAUAUCUUUAUAUAAUAAUUAUAUGUUACCGGACAUUUCCAUAUCUGUAUUACUAGAAUGGAUGGAUUCAUUUUUUUUGCAAAUGUUACUCGAUGUUAUCUAUAUAAGUUAUGUAAUUAGAAUGAAGGACGGACACGAGAAGAAGAGCAACAAAUAUAUAUUAUAUAUGUGGAUGAUUGGGUGUGCGUUAACUGGCUGUGAUAUUAUAGAUCAAGUAUGUUUUGUAUGAACACUUCUGUAACUAUGCUACAGAAUAUUUUAUGA